AUGGGCGCGCCGGUCCUCGCCCCCCGAAGGUCCCCGGAGAGCCGGGCUCCGCGGCCGGUGCAAACAAAGAAGUGGGCACCAGAGCGCUCCACAGGCCGCGAAGGCAUCAGGCGGCCCAGAAACACUCCCCGGAGCGCGCACCUUGGCUUAGCUGGAGCAAGGCACACACCCCACAACAGGGGUGGGCGGGGCCGGGCUGCCAGCCUGCUCUCCCCUGCCUCACGCCCUGUCCCCCUCACCGCCUGCCCCCCUCAGGAGUACUCUCCCAGUUACAAGAGGCGCCGCACUGUGGAGGACUUCAACAAGUUCUGCACCUUCGUUUUGGCCUAUGCUGGCUACAUCCCGUACCCCAAGGAGGAGCCGCCUCUGAGGAGCAGCCCCAGCCCUGCCAACAGCACCGCCGGGACCGUUGACAGCGACGGCUGGGAGGCCGGCUUCCCGGACAUGCCCGCCGCGGUGCCCCUGCCCGUCUCUGACCGCUGCUUCGGCCACCUGCAGCCCAGCCUCCUGCCGCGAGCCAAGCCCAGCAACUUCCUGCUGGACAGAAAGAAGACUGACAAGCUGAAGAAGAAGAAGAAGAGGAAGCGAAGGGACAGCGAAGGGCAGGAGGGGUACAUGGGCAGUCUGCUGAAGCUGGAAGCUGCUGAUCCUUACGUGGAGACCCCCACGAGUCCCCCGCUGCAGGGUCUCCCCCAGACCCCGGGCGACCCCUGCUCCGGCUGGGACUCCGACACUCCCUCCAGCGGCUCCUGUGCCACCGCGUCACCCGAUCAGGUCAAAGAGAUCAAAACUGAAGGCAAACGGACUAUCGUCCGGCAGGGGAAGCAGGUGGUGUUCCGGGACGAGGACAGCACUGGCAACGACGAGGACAUCAUGGUGGACUCAGAUGAUGACUCUUGGGACCUCGUGACCUGCUUCUGCAUGAAGCCGUUCGCCGGCCGCCCCAUGAUCGAGUGCAACGAGUGCCACACCUGGAUCCACCUGUCCUGCGCGAAGAUCCGGAAAUCCAACGUGCCGGAAGUGUUCGUCUGUCAGAAGUGCCGGGACUCCAAGUUCGAUAUCCGCCGUUCUAACCGGUCCCGAAUGGGCUCCCGGAAGCUGUUUCUGGACUGACAGCUGGCGAGCGAGGUGUCGGGAGGGACCCGUGUGCUUCGGCCCCUCCGAGUUGAGCACAGAACUCCCCGCGCGGUGCGGGCAGACCCUGCCGUUCAGGUGCCUAAGCAAAAGGACAGGCCGUCCGAGCCGAAACUGUACAUAGCCAGUGACUGAAUAAAGUCUCCGUGGGCCAGAGCUGCUGCUGGAGCUGUUCUCCGCAGUGGGCGCCCAGAGCUGGGCCUUCCCCUAGCAGCGGGGUAGGCGCGCCCUGAGUGCCUGCCCGGCUGGCCCAGGGGAAGCGGCAGCUCUGCCUCGGCCGCCUCGUUCUGCCUCUUUCCGGCGCUAGGAGCGGCCGGGAGCGCGCUGCGCCUGUGGGCCUCUGCCUCUGCCGCAAGUGUCUGUACAGCAGCAUUCCAGCUGCCCCUGGCGGGCCACCCUCUUCCCGCCUCCUCGGGGUCCCUACCGGGGUCCUCAGGUCUCACCCGAGCAGGCGCCCUGGGCAGCACCUUGGCCAGUGAUCCCCAGUUUUCCUCUGUCUGUUAAAAGGGACAGGAUGUGGCCGCUUCUCUGGAAGGGGGUCGAGGUGUGCUGUGUUCAUAACUGUUUUCCUGUUUUGCACGAUGUAAAAACCUGUCUUUUUGCACGAAAUAGCCAAAAGUAUUGGCAGAUCUCUGCCUGGGUGCCCUCUGGCUGGUGUAGCUGCGCCUGGGCAAGCGAGGGCCGUUUGGGUCUUCUCCUGCCCUGUCCAGGGGCAGGGCGAGGCUAGGUGGGCUCUGGCGUGUCUUCCUCUCUCAGUGGGCAGGCCGCUCUGAUUCUUGCUCCCCGGUGCCCAUUCAGGCUGGCCUGCUGGUCCCUCGGGGGAGGCUGGCGGCAAGGCCCCUCUGGUUGGAGCUGGUGAGGGGCGCACGCCCCACUGGCCGCUGGGAACAUGGCCUUGAGCUGUGCAGAGUUCUCCAGAGCGCAAGUCUGAUGCCACCCGUGUCCUGCAGCCCCGCCUGGAGAAGCCCCUGCCGGCUCCACCCCGCCAGCAGGCCCUGGGCUCGGUGGCCCUGGGGUGUCGGCAGAGGGCCUUGUGCUGCUUCAAGGUCGCCGUGGCGCGCCACAGUUCAGAUACUGUUCUCAGCGUUGUUUCUCACUGGGUGCCGGGUGGCGGUUUCCAUGAGUGUUUUUCCUUGUGGAGCGCAGCGUGGGCGGCUGCUGGGCUGGACCCCUCCCUGGGUGGGCUCCAUCCACGUUGUCCUUGCCGAGCCCUACGGGGGUCUUGAGCUGUGUGGUUUGAGGAGUCAGAGGCCAAGUUUGUCUAGUGUCUUUCAUGCUUGACCAGCCAACUACCUUUCUUUUUUUUUUCCAACUUUGUUGAUUCUGUUGCUAAUAUUAACACAAAAAUAGAAGUAGUUUCUGAAACCUAGUUUAUUGUGAAGAUCCCCAGGGGAGAAGCUGCUGUGGAGGCAAAUGGGGAGAAGCUGGCUGAGAAACCACCUUCUCCCCAGACCAGAGCCUGGUCUGAGCAGGGCGAACAGCCAGGAAAAGUUGGGAGGAUUUGCCAAAGAUUUGCCCCUUGACAUGGCCUGUCCAGUGUCUUCAACAUGAGAAUAGCCAAAGUUCCAAAGUGUUUUAUUUUUUUUUAAACUCUUGACAAGGUUUUAAAAGUGUUCGAGAAGAUGCGUGAUUUUAGUGCGGCGCCGCCAGCCCGCCCGUGGCCUGUCUUGGGCCCUGAAGCCUGGUGACACCUCUGGAAGCUUCCGUGUUCAUCUCCAUUUCUGUUUUCCUUUUUGUUCUUUUAACAGAUCUACCCUGUGGGUGGUGUCUCCGUCAGGACACCUUGGUUUUGUUAGAGUGAGCUGGGCAGCUGCAGUCAGCUUCCUUUUCCACAGUAGGCUGGCCUCGGCCCGUCCGGGGGCCCCUGGUGGGUGACAGUGAAGCCAGGGGAGGAGAGCUGUCGGCCACCCCAGUCAGUGCCAGCCCUGCCCUUUGGCUUUGGCCAGGCCCGACACUUAACACCGUUUACAUGGUUCUGUGUAAUUAUAACGUUUAUGUGUAUAAAGCGAAGCUGUUUCUGUGAAACUGUAUAUUUUGUAAAUAAAUAUAUUGCUA